UCGGCGCGCGCUGUUUUGAAAGUUAUUCGGUUUGGUUAUCGCUGUCGCUGCUGACGGGCUUCUGUGCGUUUUAUUUGGUUAGUGUGAAAGAAUGGCUCAACAUUUCGGGCGGCUGAAAGUGGGGCUGAUCGUAAAAAUUCAGCGCAGCAAUGGGAUGAUACAAGAUGCAAGUAUAACUGAAUUGUUUACAGAUAAGUCCUGUGUAAGAGCUGAGUGGCUAGAGGACACCGUAAGUAAGGCCAAAGAGAUUGACAUUGAAAGCUUACUGUUGUUAAAUCCUAACUUAGCAGAGAGAAUGCCACCUUCAAAUCUGCCUCGAAGAAACUCCAGGGUCCCAAGACGUGAAUCAGUUCUCCCACGGAAUGGGAUUGCAAAGGAAAUACCACGCUCAACUCGUUCAAGAACACAAGCCACAUUGGAAAUGCAAAUUAUGCCCAAUUCUAGACUAUCUGAAGUAGAACCUGUAAUGUACAAGAAUAUUUCCACAGGAAGAAAAUCCGUAUGCGUAAGAGAAACUGAAAAGCUGAAGAAGCAACGUGAAGAUAGGCGAACUCAGUUGCAGGAGAUAAGAGAAAAACGUGUACAAGAAUAUGAUGCUGGUAAUCCAAAUUGGGAAUUCAUGAAGAUGAUUACAGAAUUAAGAGCUACAUUAGAUUCUUAUCAACAUCUCUCUGAUUCAGAUCCUGUUGAGCUUCACAAAAUAUGUGUCUGUGUUCGAAAACGACCCCUCAGCAAAAAAGAAAAGGCAAAAAGAGAGAUUGAUGUGAUUACUAUUUCCAGCAAAAAUGUAGUUCUGGUGCAUGAACCAAAGAUGAAGGUUGAUCUCACAAAAUACUUGGAUAACCAGCCCUUCAGAUUUGACUAUGCCUUUGAUGAUUUUGUUACCAAUGAGGAGGUAUACAGAUUCACAGCAAAACCUUUAGUACGGACCAUCUUUGAGAGGGGAAUGGCUACCUGUUUUGCCUAUGGACAGACUGGCAGUGGCAAAACUCAUACUAUGGGUGGUAACUUUUCUGGGAAAAACCAAGACUGUUCAAAAGGAAUCUAUGCCUUUGCAACUCAGGAUGUGUUUUUGUUACUUGAACAGCCUCGAUACAAGGAUCUUAAUCUGAAAGUAUCUGUAAGCUUUUUUGAAAUCUACAGUGGUAAGGUGUUUGAUCUUUUGAAUAAAAAAGCUAAGUUGCGUAUAAUGGAAGACAAUAAACAACAAGUACAGAUUGUAGGUCUCCGGGAACAGGACGUCUUCUCUGUAGAUGAUGUGGUCAUGAAUAUUGACAUGGGGAACAAUUACAGGACAUCUGGGCAAACCUCUGCAAAUAGUAACUCCUCUAGGUCCCAUGCAGUAUUCCAGAUUCAUCUUCGGAGGAAUGAUAAGCUUUACGGUCAGUUUUCUCUCAUUGAUCUGGCUGGAAAUGAGCGAGGUGCUGAUACUAGCAGUGCAGACCGACAAACCAGAAUGGAAGGUGCAGAGAUUAAUAAAAGCCUACUUGCCUUGAAGGAGUGCAUUCGAUCACUGGGACAGAAUAAUAUCUAUACGCCAUUUAGAGCAAGCAAGCUGACCCUGGUACUCAGAGAUUCAUUUAUUGGUGAAAACUCUCGAACUUGUAUGAUUGCGAUGAUCUCACCAGGAUUAAAUUCUUGUGAACACACACUAAAUACACUGAGAUAUGCAGACAGGGUGAAGGAACUCUGUGUUGAAGAAGUUUCCAAUGAGCCAGCAUCUUCCACAAUACCUGAGGAGCAAAGAUUCAAUGAGUCCUUGGAGUCUGACAUUCGGUUGCUCUGUGAGAAAAAUCCUGGUGAAACUGAAGUUCUAAAUGAGAAUCAGAAAGUACUUGCAGCGCAAGGUGGUUUAUCUUUGGAUGCUCAGGAGGCACCAUCAAAGAUUUGUGACUUGCAUGUCGAUGUUUCUCGAAUUCUUGAACUAGAAGAGCAAGUGGUGGAUGAACAUCGAGAAAUUCAACAGAAACUGCUGUUGUGGAGUGAUGCAGAUGAUAAACUCCUGAAGAUGACUCAGCUACCUGACUAUAACGUUGAGAAUUACACCAACAUAUUACAAACCUACAUUGAUGAGAGGAUGGAAAUAUUUCAAGAUUUUAACAAAAGCCUGAAAGCUUUGAGACAAGCUUUGCAGAAGGAGGAACAAGCUGCCAAAACUCAAGGCUGAAAAGUCGUCACCAACUUGUGAAUCUGAAAUUUGUUAAAGUCCUUGCAUUGUAACUGUCAUUUGCCCAGGGUCCACUAAGUGUGCAUGUGUUCCUCUUUACUGUUUCUGUCUUUCAUGAUCCUCUUUGAAAAACUUUUUGUCUAUUUGAAUUUUCUUAAACGUUUUCUUUUGAAAAUUGUACAGAUUUAUAUCUAGUAUGCUUGAACUGACUUAAUGACACAUAACUAAAGGUGGAAAUAUGCAGACAUAGCAGUGCAGGCUUGAUUAGUUCUUUUUGAGAUGCAUUGAUUUCUCUAACCCAUUCCUCAAUUGCUUGUGAAGAAAUUACCUUAUUUAAAAAGAUUUUUUUAUUACGUGCUAUGAUGGCAUUGCUGUGCACCCUUGCCUUCUUUCGUCAUCCUCUCCCAAAAUGUUCCAAGAGACCAAUUUUCUUAUGUUGGUAUUGUGGAACUGUAUUUAAAACAUACAAGGUUUUCUAAGUUUAACAAUCAUACCUUAUUUUUAUAACUAUUUCAAUAGGAUACACUGCCUAAUUUUUUUCUGAAUUUAAUGAAUAAUGGGUUUUGUAUCCUCCUCCAUUUAAUAAUCAAUUUUCAGACCGAGGUCCAAUUCACUCUGCACAUUUAAAUACUACCAUUCUGUAUUUAACUAAAUGGGUCUUCCUUUGUUACACUACUGAAAUUUUGAAUUAUUGAUGGACUUUGUUAGGUUUAUAAACCAGCUGCCAGGAUAUUGUAACUCUUGCCUUGUACUACAAGGCAAAAAAUCAAGCCCUUGGUGUUAUCUGUAUUGACUGAUAUGAAAUAUGGCAAUCUGAUAUUUUGAAUUGUUCUAAUGUGAAGGCAAAGUAAGCUCCUUUGCUAAAAAUUUGCUUAACUCGUAAGUGAAAGCAUUUCAUUCACUUUUUAAAUUCUAUGUUUAGAAAUGGAGUAGAAGGAAAGGCAUCAAUAGAGAUUUUUUUGAUUCUGAAAUCCUUUUUAUGUAAAAAGAAAUUAGUUAUUCAAGUACUGAAUUAAGGUGUUCUUAGUCUAUCCUUAAAUGAUUGCAGUACUGAAAUUGAAAAGUCAAUCCCAGGAUGUUUGGGGCACUGAGAUGCAUUGAAUUGAAGAAUCAUCAUUAUAUUGUAAUAUUUCACAUUUAAUAAAGAAAUCAAAUGCCAUGCAAA